UCCCACUUGGAGUGUACGGGCCAUUUCGACGACAUGGCUUUCGUGUUCCGCCGAUCGGUAGUUGUCAUGCAGCGCUCAGCAGCCCGCCAUUUCACUUCGUGUGGGCCAGCUGCGCAAGGAUCCGCGCCAGGGGCAGUGCCACCCCCUCCAGGGAUCUGGGCGCGCCGACUGAACAAGUAUGAACAGCAAUACGAAUUGUUGGCUGCACGACUCCAAGGCACGGAUGGUUGCAAAUGGAUCGGCAAGGGUUCCGUGAUUGGUUUCGUUCUUGGAGGCGUCGUUGGAGCAGCGCUGCAUUCAAGGCGCUCUACGUUCGAUAACGAUGCAGUGCAUCGCAUGAAAUCGCUGGCGACGGAAUUGCAAGAACAGUCGCGAGUCUUGCAGAUCCAAAUCGCAUCCAUUCAAGAAGCAGUGAACCAACUCAAUUUGGCCAUGUUGAGUUGGGUCCCUCCCCCGAUGCCCCCUUCGCGUAUCGAUGAAGCAGCGGUCAGGAAACAACGAUCGGAUCAACGAAUGCUGGCGUUCCAAGAGGUGGAGCGCAAGUUGGAGCGUGAUGUGCAGAUCGCUGAUUCGUAUGGAGAAAAGGUGGAGCGCUACAUGGAAUUUAUCGGGGCGCUUUGCGACACUAUAGCGAAGGAAGUGGAAGAAAACUCGGAUCGACAAUCGAUGACAGAGGAGGACUUGGACAGCAUGGAUGACCUUUUGUCGUUCAUGCGAGCUGUUGCAACGAAGACCAAGUCGUCCAAGGCUGAAACAUCAGAGGGCUAGCAAAGUAAUUGAAGACGCCAACAAUUCCCAAGGCGUAUUCGAAUUCGAUAUCUCCUUGUUUCGUACGUCGCAGAAUGUAAUCGGAGGGAGAUCUGUCGGCAUGUGAAAAUCCACCCAAGCGAUGGCAUUCUCUGGUGUACCUCUGACAUGGCAAGAAGACACAGCCUUAUAGUUGACACAUUCUCACUGCAAAUUAUCCCACGAAGCCAUGGAGCCACGGACAAUCGAUCGCGUUCGUCCCCUAGCACGCCGAGCCAUGAAGCGACCGCAUGAACGAAGUGCAGCAGUUUUUGCGCAAGCCAUGGGAAAGGGGAUGAAAAACUGGCGCCACAAGAACUGGACCAGCCAUUCACAACUCCAAGGUAUCCAGAGUGGUCGCGUUAACAUGUAUUCCAAACACUAUC